AUGGCCGAGGCCCCGACGCCCAAGCUCAUGGCGCUGAGCGACCUCAAGGCCGCGCACCGCCGCAGCCUCACGGCGAUCGCCAGCAUCGCGGAAGAGGAGAUCGGCGCCAUGGCCAAGACCGCGGCUGGCACGACCGCGCCCGUCAAGAACCAAAGCGCCAAGGCGAGCCUGCUCCAAGCCAACGUCAACGAGAUGUGCGCGGCGACGUACACGCACCUCUUCCGCCACUACUUUCCGACUUCUGACGCUGGGAAGGAGGCCAAGGCCGCGAUCGACCCAAAGCUGCUGGCCCGCAUGCGGGAGCUCGAGGAGCAGAUCAAGACGACCGAAGAGUCGAUUCAGGGCUACCGGACGCAACUACCCCUCAAAAUCCGCGAUAUCGUCCAAGCCGACUUUAACGCCAAGGCCAAGCUCACAGGCGUCAAGCGAAAACUGCCAGACGUGGCGGCAACGCUCGUGGCACCGACCUUACCGGACCUCUCGGACGUCCAAGCCUCGUUCACGCAGACAGCCGCCAAGAUCCACGAGCUCAAAAACAACCUGCCCGUGACGAUCCAAGAGGCCAGCGAUACGAUCCGCGUCAUUGAGCAUGCCAUCAAGCGACCGAAAGCCCAUAUCGACGUGCUCAUGGAAGGCGGUGCGCCAUCGACGGUAACACAGAUGCUGUACACAGGCAAGUCGUAUUGAGCAACACUCGUAUAGGCUCCGACG